GGCACCGCGUUAAACGCUGCGGGCUGCACCGGGCUGUAGGGUUAUAACGCGCCUCUCUCUCUCCUCUGCCUCUACUCUUCAUCUUGGGCCUGAGUGACUCCGUGUUGGUCCACUCUCUUUCUGUCGUGGCUUUUGGCGCUCUCACCACCUUCCACCAUUACGUCCCAAAGCAAAACGGACUUUUUAGCGCUUGCUUCUCGGACUCUCCAGAGGAAGAGAGUCGUCGCCGCGGUGGUCGGCAUCGUCAUGGUUUUGGCUCUCAUCAUCGCGAUUCCACUGCUGGUCCAGACUUCCAAGACCGAUGCGCACUAUGAAAUGAUGGGGACUUGUCGGAUGAUCUGUGACCCCUACAACCCCAAACCGAGCGCCACGGCUCUUGAGGUCAUGCAGGACCUGAGCGCCAUCCCUUCUCCAACCUUUGUUCAAGGGACUAAGGGCGAUCCGGGUCGGCCGGGGAAACCCGGGCCAAGGGGGCCGCCGGGCGAACCGGGGCCACCCGGUCCGAGAGGACCACCGGGUGAUAGAGGUGAUUCUGGAAAGAUGGGUUAUUCCGGCGUAGUGGGCACUGCGCGGACCGAGACCGGUGGAGAGCCGGGCUCCGCCAUCGGCGGGGCAAAGAUAGCGUUUUAUGUGGGUCUGAAAAACCCCCACGAGGGAUACGAAGUGUUGAGGUUCGACGACGUUGUCACGAACCUCGGGAACCACUACGACCCAACAACCGGCAAGUUCACUUGCCAAGUGUCCGGGAUUUACUACUUCACCUAUCAUGUGCUGAUGCGCGGAGGAGACGGAACCAGCAUGUGGGCAGAUUUAUGCAAAAACGGACAGGUACGCGCCAGCGCCAUAGCGCAGGACGCAGACCAGAACUACGACUACGCCAGCAACAGCGUCGUCCUGCAUCUGGACUCCGGGGACGAGAUUUAUGUGAAACUGGACGGCGGCAAGGCGCACGGGGGGAACAACAACAAAUACAGCACGUUUUCCGGUUUCCUUUUGUAUCCGGACUAAUGUGGAAUAAUGGCACCAGUCCAUCCCUGAACUGCCACGAGAGAAAUUCCACGUUAAUUGAAUUGGGUUCAUCAGACACGCGGAAGCUGCUGCAGUGAAACCAUCAGUAUCAUAAUCAGUCUUAACCUAAAACAUGUGGAUGACUGUUUUCUGUUUUGUCCACAGGGAUGACAUAAUUAGCUUACACUCAUUUCUUCCACAGCUUCACCUGCUCCACUGAAAACUGCUGAUAUCUCUGGUGUGGUGCGUUUACAGACCCUUCUCAAACGGGUUGUUCUGCUUUGGAAAUAAGUGAAAUUAUUAUGAGAACAGAUUCAGCUCAUUAUUCAGAACUUUAACAAGCUCAGAGUUGUUUUGGACUCUGUUCCAGAUGAACUGAACCUCCACAGGACGGAUUCAGUCUGUGUUUGCAGUGCGGAUGUUGUUGUCUUAGUGUGUUCUGUGGAGUUGAGGUCAUUCACUGUCCUGAACUGAACUGAAAAGGCCUUGAUGACCACUCCUGUAUAGAGCGGAGGUAGCUGUGUGACAUGAUGCUGUCUCACAAAGACACAGUAGACACUCCGCAGGUCUGAGACUACCUGCACAUUCACUACUCUCAGCCUGUUGGACCCCACUGUGUGUGUGUAUAUGUAGAAUUAAGACAUAUAUAUGCAGUUGUGUCUAUAUCUAUUUAAAAAGAAAUGGAAAUCAAACUCUUAUACGAUGUAGGCUCCAGUUAACUGUUCAUCCAGUGUUGCAAACAUGUUUCUAAAUGUCUUGGUAUUCCAGUAUAAAUGUUGGUCAGUAAUUUCAAUAAAUUAUUAUGUUUUCUAA